AUGGGCGUAAAGAAACAGCACGGUCGCCCUGCCAAGAGAGCCGCUUCGACGCGUACGGCCCUCGCAUCCCCGAAACUCGACAUCGACGAUGAUUCUACGCAAGCUACUGCAUCCAGCCAGGUGACCGGUGACCAGCAUCCUUCCGACGAUGCUCUCAAUGGUGUCAUCGUCGAUAACGACUCGCCAUCCACUAUGGCACCUAUCGCCGAGGGCAACGUGAUCGCCCCUAAGAAAUUCACCACAGCUGCCGGCGUUUCCAUCUCUGUUGAGAGCGGCUCUUGCGCACCCAAAUUCACAUUAUCAGCCAACAUCAACCCAUCCCUACUCCCUAUUCUCGGAAAUCGCCCUCGGGGCUCCUUUGACCGCAACACCGAGGUUUUCGCAAACUUCGUCGCACCCAACCCCUGGAAGUUCCUUGAACUUUAUAAGCGCCCAUACUACGAGAUCAAUGACGCAUCGCCGAGCCACUCCCACUCGUCGGAAUUUUCUCAGGAUGUAUUCCAGCUCAUGCAACUCCCCCGAGAGCUUCUCUGCUGUAUCGCCAAGGUGUUGCCGCCCGAAUCCGCUGCCGCCUUUGCCAUUGUGAACAAGGUGCUCUACGGCACUCUAGGCCCUCGCGUCCUUCAGCUACGAGGUUAUAAUCUCUGGCGACUCUUGGUUCUGCUCGAGCGGGAUAUGGUCUUUUUCAUCGCUUGUCCGAAUUGCCUCAAGCUGCAUAGCCCCGCCAUCAAGUAUACCGACGACGAUCCAGCGUCGUGCGAGGUCUCAGCUGUGGAGCUUGCUUUGCCCCACAAAGUCAAGCACUCUACUGUUCGUGCAGUUGCAAAGGCAUAUCUUCAGAACAGGAACUAUGGCGAGUUUCUGACCUAUGUCAACUAUUCUCUGAAGAACUUCGAAGAACAUAGGCAGUCUAUUCAGACAGUCUCGUCUCGCAUGAUUCGAGGCAAUCUCCUGCUCCAGAAUCAGAUAAUUAUACGACCUCGUAAAGCCAACACAGAGACUAUGCGUUCUAUGUGGGAACUGGACCAGUUUCUUGGCAGCUUCUGGAACGGCAGAUCCAUCUGUCAGCACAAGAGUUGGAAGCAGAGUCGUCCAAAGCUCUGCGUCGAGGAUAUGAACAAGCUAGCUGAUCAACAUGACAGUGCUCACCAUGUGCAGACAGAAUGGCAUAAACUUCAUCACGUGGGAAAGUGCUUCAGCGACAAGGAUAUUCGAGCGACACUCAACAAGGAAGACUUGACCAGCGCGGUGUCCGGCGGCCUGCUCGCCGCUCUUUUCAACAAAAAAUUGAGCAGUGUCUUUGGGAGAGUGAAGGGUUGUACGGAGUGCUUCACCGAUUACACCGUCACUCCCGUUGACAUCGAGGGUGCGGGACGUUGCCUCGUCCUGACAGUCUGGAAGGACCUCGGUGGCAUUGGUCCAGGCCAGGACACCAAGUGGGAGACCCAUUUGGAGAUGUCUGGACAUGAGGAGCGGCUCCACGCAAACAUCCGGAUGGGAGGAGAUGCAGUUCGUGCGGCGGAUAUCGGCGAGAUCUAUUGCGCCUGGGAGGCCCUGAACGCCGCCAAGUUUGAUCCGAAGACCCAUACGUACGAGCCGAACCUCCCGAGUCGAAUCAUCGACCAAUUCCAGAAAAAAGCAAAACAACUAGUAGCAGCGCAGGAGGAAGAUGAUGCACAGUACGAGACAGAUGGUGACAGUUCUAUCGAUGAGAGCAUGUGA